AUGUUUCAAACCCUCCCUCACUUUCACUGUUAUGACAUGUGGAUAAAAAACAAGCUGGAUGAGUUCCUUCAUUAUAAUCCUUUUGUUUUCCUUUUAGGUCCUCCUGUUGUUGAGAUUAUCCCACCUGUACUGUCCACUUUGAGAGAUGUUACAGCAAAUUUCACCUGUAACGCGUACGGUUUUCCUUUGCCAAACAUUGUAUGGAUGAAGCAGACUAGUUCGGGUGAAAGUGAGAUUUCUGCCAGCAGUGUCAAUGUCCAAAUCAACUCUCAUAAUGGUUCAUCUCAGUUGAUCGUGCAGAAUACUUCAACCGUAGACUCAGGCUAUUAUAUCUGCAAAGCUUCAAACUACGUAUCUGGUACUGCAAGAGCCUUCCUUGGAGUUGUAUGUAAGUUACAUCUUAACAUGUAGAAACCCCUGUGUAAGCUAAAAUAGCCUCAUUAAUGCAACCUUAAUCCAGAAGCCAGUACUGGGAAAUUACAGUUUUGCCCUCUUAAUCACAAAAAUAUUGGUUGAUGGCUCUAUAUCUUGAAACCCUCCUUUUAGUCAAAUAGAUAAUUUUUGGUUUUGUCGGGCCCUUGUCUCUGCAUUUCGACAUUGUUAUCAAUUUAAGUAUAAAAGGUGAGUCGUUGAACGUUUUUUCUUUGUGUGUUUUACUCUAAACAUAUCUAACGUAUCCUCUGAAGAGAAUUGUAAAUUGAAAGGAAAAAGGAAAAAGAAAAGGAAAAGACCAAAAAGAUGUUGACAUGGCCAUGGCUCGAACCUAAAAUCUUCCAACUAGAGAGGAGUAGGUUAUUAAUUGCGCUAGGUACGCAGAGCGUGCCAAGUUAAAAAGUUCUGUGUUUUAGAAAUACUAUGCCCAUUAUUUUCAUUAUGAUGCCCAUUAUUUUCAUACGUGUACCCAUUCUUAUAAUUUCUGUCCUAUCCCUGGCGGUCAGUUGGCUUGUCUACAAACUCUGUUCUAACCAAGUCCCUUUUUUGUCACAAGUUCUGACCAUUUUACACCACAUUGCUUUUUUACUGCAAUACUUUACAUCUAUACCACAGUAGUACCCAAGUCCAUAGCUGCACCCGUUUCCACAGGUGCACUCAUGUCCAUAGUUGCAUUUGUGUCCUUAGGUGUAUUCAUGUCCAGGUGCACCUUUGUCCUUAUGUGCACUAUUGUCCGUAGGUGCACCCUGUCCAUUGGUGCACCUGUGUCCAUGUUGCACUUGAGUCCGUAGAUGCGUACCUACCCGUAGGUGCAGUCGUGUCCAUCUCUGUACCUGGAUGUGCAUCUGCACAUGGAUGCGCGUCUGAACAAGGAUUGCCAUUUUAUUUUAAGAAGAGCUGAAAUUGUUCAUGGUGUAUUUGAAAUAAAAUUGAAGUACAUCAAGGGGUACGUUAAGGCAAAAUGUGAGGGAUGAUUUGCGAAAAAACGUGUUUGAAAGAGGUUUCUUUACUCUCUUUCAAGAUCCAGCGUCGCACGAGGAUCCUGAUUUGUGUCCCACAAGUUUUGAUGCAACCAUUGGGGAAUCUGUCCAAUUGUGCUCUCCUUUCCAGGAGUUUCCACCUCCUCAAGUUAGCUGGGAACUGCCUAAUGGAACUCUGAUUGAAACAGGAAGCACUAUUUUGCAUGUCACAAUCAAGACUGAGAAUGACUUUGGACGCUACAGGUGCAUUGCAAGGAGUCUGGAAAAGAAUGUCCUUACAACUAACAUUACCAUUCGUAAGAGAAGUAAGUACAACGUGCAUCACCUCCUCUCCAGGGAGAAAUGAAUACUACAGGAAAAACCAUCUUGAGAUUUAAGUACAACUGGUAUUUCACAAAUUGAGGCUUCUUACAGCAACACCUGGCCUUGUCUCUGGCUGACCAAAGGCGAGGCCUAUACACUUAAAAAAUUGUUCAGGCAAUAUAAAUGUCGGUACAGAAUUAUGCAAAAAAAAAAGGAAAAAGAAGAAAUAUGUAAAAAAAGGACUUAAUUCCUAGCAGUCAGUCACAGCAGUCUUUAUAAAGGUUUAAGACGUUUAUUUCGUAUUUUUCAGUGAAUCUAGUGAUUCAGUGAUUCUAGAUGACGAAUAUCUCCCUUUGGGCUUAUUAUGCAAUCACUAUAUUUUCGACGCUUAAAAAAGUUUGAACCAAGAACUUUUUCACUAGCCCAGAAUAAAUCAUCCACUUCAAAAGCAAACUAAUUUCAGAAUCACUGGCAUUGAAUGUACUCUUUAUUUUCGUAUAAGGCGAUUAUCUCUGAUUACAAAGCAGUUAGGCUGUUUGAGACACCACCUGGCAGUCUGAUCACAAGAAACUUCUGAUUUUCUCAAUGUGCGCAAGUUCUGAAAACUCGUUUACCGAAAGAAUAUUUGAAAUCGUGGUAGAGGCCAAACGUCUUAGACUUCAAUUAGGUUUGUACGAGGUCUCCUUUAGAAGUUCGGUCAAUAUUUUUUGAUGACUAGGCUGAGCUGAAAAAAGGAAAUUUUGAAAUUAUCGAAAACAUGGUGAUUUUACACCGUACAAAAAACAAAAUCUACAAACGAUCUACAGUUUCUUUUCUUCGCUAGAAUAGGUGUAAAGAUCUAGAAAGGCAUUCGAGAUGCUCCGUAGGUUAAGGAAAAUGCUCUUCAAGGGAAUUGGAAAUCCUAAGUUUCUCUCGCUCUUUAGUAAGCUUUCAUCCGUAAUUUUGUUUCCAUUCUCUACUUUUUGGUUGUAUCAUCUAUACACGUGAUGGUCUCGCUCACUAUAUCGUUGUAUUUUUUUUUUCAUUUUCCCGGGGCUUCUUUUACUACAUCCCCUUGAUUGUUUAGCUCGUGUUGAUUAUUUGUCUGUCCAUGUAUAUCAUUAGAAUGUAUGAACUUCAGACUGAUGUUGAUCACGAUUUUCUACACCCCUCCUAUCACUAUAUCGCUUUGCAUUUUCAGUUUGCCAUGACCACAAAAUACCUUUCAUAACAGUUAUCUUUCUUGUUAGUUUCAAAACCUUACAUAAAUGACACCAAGAUAGUUCUGACCGAUGGCGUCAAAUUUGUGUGGGAAGAAGUACAAGGAGCAAGUGAUUACCUCCUCAGGUUACCUGAGACUAACUUCUUGAAGGAAAAUUCUCUACUUGGGGCUGGUACCAAUACUUCUGUGGAGAUUCCUUACAGCAGUUUACUCUUCAAGCGUGAUACCAAAAAGAGACCACUUAAAGUAGUUAUUGAAGUCUGGGCCUACGGCAACUCAAGCGUUGUUGUGAAAGGAACGCGCUAUACUAAUGUGGGUAUGUAUGAAAGCUAUACCAGUUUUUCAUCAAAAAGGAAGAUAUCAUCUUUGUUUUACCGGGGGAAAAAUUUUUGCUUAUACUUAACCUCGGUCCUUUACUGCCGCGGAAGUCUGAGAGUGUACAAACGUCAAGUGCACUUUAUGUUAGAGGUUUGCAAACAUUUUACUAUGUCAGCUUUAUUGGGCAGGGCGUAACCGUUUAAUCAUCCUGAGUGUGAUUCGUGUUACGCGAAUAUAUAUUUUUUGCAAGUCCUCAGGGCAACAACGAAAGAAGCAGAUAAUAGAUGAGAAAGACAAAAUGAACCUAUCAACAGGGAGACUGAGGCAGAAAUUGAUGUCAAUAUUCACGCACUCCAAAACAAAUUUACAUGUAUGCUUGAGUUGGGUGCCACUAUAACUUGAUCAAUUGUAAAAAAAAGUAUGUUUCAAGUUUCAACUCGAUGAAACUGCGUUUGUAGAGGGAAGCAGUGACUUGUGUCAUUAUUCGUUUGGACAGUGCUGGGACGGAAGAGAACGGAAUGUACGAAACUGUUCUACCAAAUUGGGGUGGGACUAACUUUGAGCAUUCACUUGGCUAACAGAAGGGCAGAAAUCAGCCAUUAAGUUCUUGGCAUUAGGGAUCUGCGGCAACUGGACUUCAAGCAACAUAAGAGGAACUGUGGAAUCCAAUUUCCCCUAACACUUGUUAUUUCGCGUCAUAUGAUUAACAUAUGCUGGUGUGUCAAAAAUUAAUCGUGCGAUUCGUAUUCUUUUAGUGAUACUGGGUAUCCUUUCACGGCAAAAAUUGCCUUAAAAAUUGAUUUCGGGUAAAUCCCUAAUGCCUUUCUUUACUGCGUUGAAUCCGAACCUCCUUCCUCAGGCUUGGAUAAGUUCUUUGUACUCAUUUCUGACUUUCUGUGCUUUAUCAGGGAGAGAAUUUACCUCGGAAAAAAUAAACUUCGUGAGCUCCAGCUAUCGUAACAUAAAUUGGAAGUGGAAGAAGUAACAGAACAAAAAAGUGCACAAUUUAGCGAAAAUGCAGCAUACCUCAGUUUUUCUAUAGCCAGUGAGGGGAAAUCUAGUUUCAUUUGCCCAAAAGACAUUAUUUUUAAAAUUAUUUUUAAAAAAGACGGUUUUUCUUGUUUUGUUAUUCUUUUUACCAAAUGGUAACGGGUUUUUUUCUUUUUUCCGCAGAAAUCCGCUCAGGUGCAGCAAAUUCUACAGUUUCCUUGAUGUCACUCUUGAAAUCAACUAGCAAUGAAAAGUAUCUAACGAAAACAACGCGUUAUACUGACGAGAAAUAAAACGCUACCGGUGUUACGUAGCUCUGACGCACCCUCACGCAAAAACGCGAACUCACUGGAGUAGAAACACAACAUACAACAGUAGUUUAAUUGAAAGAGAAAACAAUAUAAAAUAAUUUCACAGCUACUUGACGAUAAACGGAAAUGCAAAUUCUAGUCGCUACAUGGCUCUUGCAGAUGAACAAGUUACGCUCUCUCAAAUUAUCACCGUCGUAGGUAAUAGGUGCCUCUUAAACUGCGCAUAAGGAGUCAUUACCGAACAGGAAAUUGACUGCUCACACUAAGAGCACAGGCCUGAUUCCGCCGGAACCAGUUAGUUCAGAUUGAGAACUGAACAGUUCUAGUUAUUGACCAUACGGUCCGUUUGGCCACUUCUGACUGCAAUUAAUUGAAGUAAUUACUUUUUUCAAAGACUUAGUCUGUAAUAGUGAUAUACUAACUUGCCUUCAGUUUCUAUGGCGUCAACGUAGCCUACCACCAAAACAACACGACCCAACUUUUACGACGGGGGGCCCGACUAAGCACAAUCAAAUUCCUACGUACCAUUUACAUUUCAAUUUUUCGAAGAGGUUUAAGCGCGAAGAACAAGCCAUGUUGGAGUUCUGCUAAAAAAAUCUUCAUGGUCACUUAGAUUCUUAAUAUUUUUCUCAACUACUCAAUAUUAACAAUAGCCAUUUUUUGGAGCAAGCCUAACUUUCAAUUUGUGUAAACCUCCUUCUGCCAGCCGUUAUUUUAAGGUUGCACAUUUUACGUUAAGAGAACUACCAAACGCUAACUGAUCUACUUAUCAAAUUACUAGUUACUACGUUAAGGUUAGAAACAUGUUUGGGGUAAAAGAUAAGGGUGAAACCUCUUGCAACAAAGAUACAUGCAUCCGUGAGUUCCGUGUGUCAGACAAGGCCACAAAAAAUUAUAAGCCCUCUAAAUCAUCAAUCCUGUCGUGGUUCACGCUCUGCAAAAUCUCACGAUUUUGGAUUCUGCCGCCUCGACUUUUCAAAUAAAGAUGAAAGAGGCCUUCAUAUUAUUUUGCGGAAAAAUUUGCGACAACUUAAUUAAUUUCUUGCGUGUGAUAUUGAAAAAUCACCGAUAAGUAGAAGCUUGUAAAACCUUGUGGCUUUAAUAAAUUUACUUAACUUUGUAC